AACUUGUUUAAUAAGUCGUGUAGGAAAAAAAAAAGUCAAACCCAAAUUGAAAACUGUCUAAGAUUCUGACUUAAUUCUCAGUCCUCUCACUACAUUGUUGAACACAUCUUAAUCUCAAUACUUGAAUACUUGAGAAACGGGCAACGCCAAUACUUGAAUACAACUUGAGCCGCAGAUUGUUCAAGAGAAAAAUGAUGUUGCUGCGUAGCGUUCCUCCUCAACUGGUGCUUUACGUGUACUGGAUGGGUACCUCCGUACGUGCUGCAAGCUCCUCAAGUCUGGAGGACGUUUCUGGAGGAGGUUUUCUUGGAGCAGUGUGCUGAUUCUGGAGUGCGGUUGCGACUGAAAAAGACGAAGAACGAGAAGUCGUGGAGGAGGACCAUGAAGAUGCGAUGAAAGUGGAUCUUUUGGAGAAACAUGAUCAGAGCAAGCCAUUGUUGGUGGAUUAUUCGAUGAGUCGUGGUAGCAAGGUCCUCACCUCCUUGGAUAUUCCUGGGUUUUGUUUGAAAACCACAAAAGUGUGGGACGUUGACAUGGCACUAUUUACGCAAUAUCCGAUGAUCCACCGGCAGCCUGGCGCGUCGCCCUGCCGCCCGCUCUGAAUUUAAGGUUUAAGUACUCAUAUUUAUUCAUCUUCAGAGGCAUCUUGGAAGGGUUUUGUAAGGGAACAAAAUGGCUACCAAGAAGAUGCUCUUCAGGAUGAAUAUCGGUCGUAAGGUCUAAUGGGGAAAACAAGUACACUCGACAUCUUGGUGAGCACAGUGGCGCAGCGUGAUGCAACUGUCCACGUUCAAGAGGUGUCUGGCGUGGAAGAUGUGUAGGAGGAAACGUCGCUGGUUUUAUUCGCGACAAAGUCACCUGUUUCUCCCUUUAUGGCGCUCCUGCGCACCCGCGCACACAAAGUGAACGACGCGCUGAAUUUGCACACUACGCAAGAAGAGGGGGAAGAAGUCUUGAACUAUCAUGAUGAAGAAGACGAAGCACGAGAACCUGCGACCUCCAUGCGGCCUGAUGGUAAAGCUCCUCUGAUGCUGCGACGAGAACCUCGUCUGUUGGUGCAACUAUGAGUGGAAUUAUAGUACAGCAUAGUGUACAACAACGUUCUACUUCCUGACGUGAUGAACUAAUAUACUUAGCUUAGAUUAGGCCAUGGAUCCUCACCCUGCACAUCGUACUACACUUUUUUGUGAAAAGUAGAGGGAGUCAUCCAUCGUCGCACGACCCUUGUUCUACAUCUAGCAGUAGUUCCAACCUCGCAGGACACGACUUGUUCUACAUCUACUAGCAGUAGUCCUGCUCUCAACAAAUUUGGUACCGCUAAGCAAGAUCUUUGCUUUUCAGACUAACCAUGUCAGGCGCUUCCUCUCUUCAUUCUCUUGAGGGAACAAGCAAACAGCAGGCUGUUGUAACAAUUUACCAAACUACCGGAGUACCAGUUACGUCGUUGCCGUAUCAUGAUGGAGAAAAUUAUGCUUUUCCAACGUGGCUCUGGCUCACAACGAAGAACCUUGUCAUUGUGCACCAGAAGGUGGCACUCCACCUCGAUAUCAACUACAACAGCACUGCAGAGCGCACCACUUCCAGUUCUAGGUGAGGCCACGACAUUGAAUGAUAGAAGUACAACGGAAACGUCGUCUGGCGAAGUAGGGGAUGUGACCAGUGGUAGGGGUAAGCUCCUCAACUCAACACGCUGGAGAAACGCCGACGCAGCAUUAACGUGGCUCGAGGGCCUCUUUCAACUGUACAUGCCUGAGUAUGAGUACGAGGGAUUGCCCCGCUUCAUGCCUGGAACGCUGUUGCUUCGUCGGCGAGGCUUAAACGAAGUGCGGAGCGGAAAUGAGGAGAACAGAGAGACCGCAUUCUCAGCGGCAGUAACGGGAGCUGCGGAGACUGACGAGCGUAAGUGGUAUGCUUUGCACGUGAAGAGCUUGGCAGCUAGUCGUGGAAAAGCGAAUCCAUACUAUACUUUUAGUGGCGCGCGAUUUUCCGACUAUGUUGGGCUUAUUGCUAUUUGCCCUACUGAGAAAAAGCUUGAAGCCCUGCACAAAGAUGACAUCAAGCUAAUGUGUGCGAGCGACAAACAAGCCCGUGAUGGAGCAAAACAAAAAAAUGCCGCAACCUUAAUGAAGCACUUUCGACUCCACAGCCUUUCUCCAGUUGGACCUGGCUUUUCGAAUCAGAUCAAGAAUCUCCUACAGCGACUCCCUCAAAAAACGAGAAGUGCAUGGUACUCGGAACUUGGCGCAGCACCCCGGCACCGAAAGCACGAACACGCUCUUUCGACUUUUCUAGAGCUCCACAUCUGCGGUGCGGGACUGCCCUACAGCUUGAAGAAAAGUGCACAUGGUUGUGCCCUGAUUAUCGCCCGUCGCAGAUGCAUCUUUAAGGUUGCACAAAUGGAUGUGCAGAAAGGCAAAGCGCAGGUCUGCUUUGCUCGUCGGUCCCUAUUGGAAAGAAGCGUCUCGCCUCGAGACGGCAUCGAUGUUUUCCUGUUGGCCGUGCAUGACUGUGGACAGCUCAUUGGCGUCUUUGUGUUUUCCCGAGACUGGAUGAGAAAAUGGGGUAAGCUGUUGGAUGGCACUCGUGGCGAACAAGCCAAAAGGGGGAGCACUGGAAUGACCCUGUACAUCCCAGGUUGGUCGACCCGUGGCAGCACGAAAUCUUCCAAGGACGACCAUUUUGAAGAAUUUCGUAUGGCACAAGCUGAAGCUUAUGUCCCCCUUGAGCCAGCACACAAUGAUUCAAAAGAAGGUCGUCGAUGUGCGGGACCAGGAGAUACAGUACUAGAAAGACCCUGUGAAAAGUUUCGUCGUUUGCUUCUCGCAGCGACCCCCAGUGAGCCAGUAUCAGAAGUGCAUGACACGGAAGUUAAUGACACUCACAAUAUGUUGUGUGAAACCGUGGAAAACUCUGCUUUAUUCACCUCGUCACCUAUCGUCUGAGUCUGACAAAAGAAU